UUCCGCUAGGUUUACACAUACGCUACUUCCGCUUCAGUAUACGAUACGUCCAAUUAUAAUUAUAAAUACAUCUAAAACUAGAAACAAAUAACUUUAAAUAGGUUGCAGAAAGAGAUAAACAAGGUAGUAAACAAAUAUAUCGAUCAUUGUUAAUUGUUGAGCUAAACUAACAGGGAUCAGAAGGCUAACGACGGUGAGGAGAGGGAAAGGUGACCGUAUCCAAUCAAACAUAGCUCUGGCAACGUGCUUGUUGUCGCCGGUUCGCGUCGCUUAAUUUUUGCUGAAAGAUAACUUAACGAUGAAGAUUGAGGAAGUGAAGAGCACUGCUAAGACCCAGAGAAUCUCCGCCCACACGCAUAUCAAGGGGCUCGGACUCGAUGAAAAUGGCACGGCCAUCCAGAGCGCAGCCGGCCUCGUCGGUCAGGAAAUGGCACGAGAGGCCGCAGGCAUUGUCGUCGAUAUGAUAAAAUCAAAGAAAAUGGCAGGACGUGCAGUGUUAUUGGCUGGUCCACCAGGCACAGGCAAGACUGCAAUAGCGCUCGCCAUCGCUCAAGAACUCGGUAACAAAGUGCCUUUCUGCCCUAUGGUGGGCUCAGAGGUUUACAGCUCGGAGAUCAAGAAAACCGAGGUCCUCAUGGAGAAUUUCAGGAGAGCCAUUGGCUUGAGGAUCAAAGAGACCAAAGAAGUGUACGAGGGUGAAGUCACUGAAUUGACACCUGUCGAAACGGAGAAUCCUAUGGGUGGCUAUGGUAAAACUGUGUCUCACGUAGUCCUUGGUUUGAAGACCUCCAAAGGCACAAAACAAUUAAAACUGGACCCUUCCAUAUAUGAGUCUUUGCAAAAAGAGAAGGUGGAAACUGGCGAUGUAAUCUACAUUGAAGCCAAUAGCGGAGCGGUAAAGAGACAAGGUCGAAGUGACAAUUUUGCCACAGAAUUUGACCUUGAAGCAGAGGAAUAUGUUCCUUUACCGAAAGGUGAUGUACACAAAAAGAAGGAAGUCAUUCAAGAUGUAACGUUACACGAUUUAGAUGUAGCCAAUGCCAAACCACAGGGAGGACAGGACAUAAUGUCCAUGAUGGGACAAUUGAUGAAACCUAAGAAAACUGAAAUUACAGAUAAGUUGCGGAAAGAGAUAAACAAAGUGGUGAAUAAAUAUAUCGACCAAGGCAUUGCUGAAUUGGUGCCAGGAGUAUUGUUCAUAGAUGAAGUUCAUAUGCUGGAUAUAGAAACGUUCACUUAUUUGCAUCGCGCGUUGGAGAGUGCCAUAGCGCCGAUCGUCAUUUUCGCUACGAAUCGUGGCCGCUGCGUGAUAAGGGGAACCGAAGACAUCGUCUCUCCACACGGCAUACCUCUCGACUUAUUAGACCGUCUUCUCAUCAUAAGAACUCUUCCGUAUUCUAGACAAGAAAUCGAACAGAUAGUAAAAUUAAGAGCUGUCACGGAAGGACUGCAAAUCGAUGACGAAGCUCUGUCCGCUCUCGGCGAACUCGGCACAAAAACUACUCUGAGAUAUGUGGUGCAACUUCUAACACCUGCGGCUCUGGCAGCAAAGGUCAAUGAAAGAACUGGCAUUAAGAAGGAGGAUAUUGAGGAAGUCAAUGCACUUUUCUUGGAUGCUAAAUCGUCCGCUAAGAUACUUACGCAAAAUCAGGAUAAAUUUAUGAAAUAAAAUUUACGAUUAAUUUUACCUAUAUCCAUCAGAAACAAUUAAUUUAAUUAAUAAUUAAUUAUGAGAUGUUUACCGCGAUUAAAUUUUUAUAUUUUAAGUUUUUAAUUAAUUAUUCUUUUAAUUAAAAUUAAUUAAAAUUGUAAAUGUAUAUAUAGUAUAGCAAUAUUAAAAAGUAUUUUACCAUUAUUAUAAGGAAACAAUCGUAAACCUUAUUUAAAUAGAAAUAUUUUACAAAUGUUUACAAUAACUUCAUGAAUAAAAAUCUGUGAAAUAUA